AUGUUACUCUUCUCCAAAAAACACAACGCUCCCAUCAGCACUUACAUCAGCUCCUACUGCCUGCUGAGCUUUGUAAGAAAGACCAUCCAAGAGCAGACUCCACAGCAGCUCUGGAAAGAGAAUAAGUUUGGAUUAACAACGCCCCUGUUACAAAAUCCAUCGAGCCAAGGUCAGACCAAGCAUUUGAUAGAGGUGGCAAUGCAGGAAUACUACAGCAGCACCAACCCUGCUGCUUACUGGCCCAAGAAGUACUGGCUGGGCAGGUCUGAAGCACCACAGGGCACCCCUGUCUGUCGCUUUUGCAUUACACAGCACAACACAGUUUUUGUCAAUAAGGGCAAAUACAUCACCUGGACAACAGGUCCCUACAACCAUAUAGCCUGGAAUAAGCACUCCUCUCUCCUCCCCCUUCUGCCCAAGGAGGCAAGGUUGGAGACCUUUCUGCACAGCAUGCCCAAGCUGUAUCCCCCAAAACCCACCUGCCUAGGAUGGGUCAGACUGCAGACACCGAGGGGUAGCAGGUCCCACCAUGAUGCCCACACAGGCAGCGAUGCAGCCCUCACGUCUCCAUCUCACAGUGUGAGUGAACCUGACCAGGGCAGGACACCACUGCAGUGCUGGGCUGUGGAGAAUGUUGUUGCCACCUGCAGAGAACCAGUUGCCAGAUUUACCUGCCAGGACAGCUGA